UGCAGCACUACCAAACCUAAAAAGGCAUUGAGUUUAGUUGAGUUUGGACCACUGUGCUACAAGGAAGCUUAUUUCACUACACCUCCCUUUUUCAUUUUUUGUCACUUUAUCUAUUCUCUGCUGUAUACAGAGAAUCUGGAUUUUUAUGUACAAAACUUGGAGAAAAAUUGAAAAAGCUGAGAAAGUCUUUCUGGCUUGCUGGAAUGACCAAAGGUAUUCUGUCAGGAGCAUAUCUUUAGGAGUUCUUUCUGUCUUUGUGUUGCUGAUUUAUUUUUUCCUUGAAGCCUGUGGCUUACAUCCCAGGAUUGGUCAGAGAGCAGCCCAUCAGCAGCAGUGACAUUGGGGUCGUCCGGGGUCAGAGGUCCGGUGUCAGACACUGGAUGUAUGAGACAGCUUCAUGGGCCUGAAGGACCAUCUGGAGGAUGAAACAGGCCGCAUCCUCAACCUGGGGCUGGAUUUGGACUACCUCCACGUGGAAGGCACCGACCGCCAGGCCAGCUUGAGUGCCACAGUCAACACCCACUCAGGAGCCUUGGAGGGGGAUGAGACGGAGGUGGGAGGCACCCAUAGCAGUGUCAGUAGUAGCAGCAUCAGCAGUAGUAGUAGUUGUAGUAACUCCUCUGAAGAGAGUGCUGCGUCGGACAGCGAGGAUGAGCGGGGGCUCCAACAUGGCUCUGGUUCUGAUGCUCAGACCCCUCACCCGCACCCCUGUCACCCUGCUGAGCUGGGCCCGGCACAGAGCCCCCACUCUAGGGACCCCAAACACUCCACCAACCCCCUCACUGAGUACCACUCCAAGAUGGAGUUUGCCCUGAAGCUGGGCUACUCUGAGGAGCUGGUUCUGCUGGUGGUGCGGAAGCUAGGGCCUGACGCCCUCAUCAAUGACAUACUGGGAGAACUGGUCAAACUGGGCACCAAGUCAGAGACGGAUCAAGCUGGGGGGUCGGCCGCCUCCCAGUCGCCCUCCUCCUCCUCUUUAUCCUCAUCCUCUCUGGACUCCUGCAGGCUGGACUUCUCCUCCCAGCUACUGUUGGAUGACAAGGAGAACAUCAGGCCUGUGGUGUUGGAUGGGAGUAAUGUAGCCAUGAGCCAUGGGAAUAAGGAAGUGUUCUCCUGUCACGGCAUCCAGUUGGCUGUUGAUUGGUUCCUGGAGCGUGGUCACCAUGACAUCACUGUAUUUGUGCCCGCCUGGAGAAAGGAACAGUCCAGACCGGACGCCCUCAUCACAGACCAGGAGAUAUUGCGACGUCUGGAGAAAGACAAGAUCCUUGUGUUCACUCCAUCUCGUCGGGUCCAGGGCCGCCGGGUGGUCUGCUACGAUGACCGCUUCAUCGUCAAGCUGGCCUACGAGUCCGACGGCAUCAUCGUCUCUAACGACAACUAUCGGGACCUGGCCAAUGAGAAGCCAGAGUGGAAGAAGUUCAUCGACGAGCGGUUGCUCAUGUACACGUUCGUCAACGACAAGUUCAUGCCUCCUGAUGAUCCUCUGGGUCGCCAUGGUCCCAGUCUGGAGAACUUCCUGAGGAAGAGACCAGUGAUCCCAGAACACAGGAAGCAGCCCUGCCCCUAUGGGAAGAAGUGCACUUACGGCCACAAGUGUAAGUUCUACCACCCUGAGAGAGGCAGUCAGCCGCAGCGCUCUGUGGCCGACGAGCUGCGUGCCAGUGCCAAGAACUCCUCUUCAUCUACCUCUUCCUCCAAGAGCCUGGACGAGGCUCUGAUUGUGAAGAGUCAUAGCAUGUCCAAGAGCUCCAGGGUAGACGGGCUCCCAGACCCCCGCCGAGCUCCCCCGAAGAGACAGUCGGACCCUGGCCUUCGGACUCCCUCCUGCAGCGACCUCCUGGAAGAGCGUCUGGGCAGGAGGACUAAAGCAGAGGCCCGCAGAGGGAGUAGCAGCAGCAGUAGCAGCAGCUCUAGCAGCAGCCUCCUGGCCUCUGCCCCUGGGGGACCUCCUUCCAGCCACGGCUUCUCUCUGCAGGACUGGGGGAACGGCUCCUCCAGAGCUCCAGGGCUGUUGGGGCUUGGUCACUCGAAGUCAUACUCCACCUGUGAAUCCCCGGAGCUAAGCUACCACUCCCUGAUGAGGGCCUACUCCAGCCUAAGCCUGGUGGUGCCGCGGAGCCCCGAGCGGCUGUUCCCAGCUGACCUACGGACUGGCUCACUGGUGUCUGACUGCAGCAGCGAGGGCAGCGUGAGCUCUGACUCCUUCUCCCCUGAUCCCCUGCUGGAUGACAGCCUCAAGUGCCACUACCACCACCCCCAUCACCACCACCAUCACUGCCCUAGCCGCUACCCACACCACCCCAACCACCCACCCCCUGGUCUGACCCAGCACCCCCAUGGAGGCUCCCACCAUGGCUACCCUCUAGCUCAGAGCAGCCUGGAGGAUCCUCCCUCCUCUCUCCACCACUUCAAGGCCCAGCUCUCCUUCCUUCCUCCCCAUAUUCAGCAACCGUCUGUGGGGAGCCACUCUGGCUGUUCUGGGAACUACCCUCCCCAACCUCUAUCCCAGUCCUCCAGCCCCCACUCCCACUCUCACAGCUCUCCUCUGGGGCAUAACCUGGGGGGCUCCAACUGGCAGGACAACAACAGCCUCUACGAACAAUCCACUGUCCACCCCAGGAGGAUCUACCCUGGGCCGGGACAGGAGCAGCGGCUGGCCAGAUGGGACCCCCACUACCAGCAUCCCUCCCAGGCCUGCUACGAGCCCUUCACUUUCCAGUCCCUGCCUGAGGUCCGCAAACAACCCUGGCACUCGCCCUGGCCCAGGGGAACACACUCGCCCCAUCCUCAACCCCCUUCCUCCUCCCAUCCUCCCCCUCCACCUCUUCCCCACCCCUCCACGGCCCCCCAGCACCAGGAGCCCCCGGCCCUGGGCAGAUACCAGGAUGUGAGGGAGAAUGUGUUUGUCAACUUGUGUAACAUCUUCCCCCCAGAGCUGGUGAGGGUGGUGAUGGUGAGGAACCCCCAUGUGAUGGACGCCCAGCAGCUGGCUGCAGCCAUCCUGGCUGAGAAGUCCCAGGCUGGUUACUGAGCACUGACACUACUGUAGUAGAGGAAGGGAAGUGGUGUGCUCAACUCUAUAGUCCCUCAAAAACAUCUACGAUGCAGGGGAAGAUGCUUUAUCUUUUCCAUCAAAUUUUCUUUUUUAAACCUUAUUGUUGUAUGUCACUGCCCUGCUCGUUCGUUACUGUUGUGCGGUAUGAGAACACUUCCAGCACUUAAGGUCAGGAUGGUUUAUGGUGGGUGAGUGUGAGCAUGUGUGUCACGGUAUUCCGGAGACUCUUUGAAUGGGAUGUGUUGCUUUAAGUUAUUUAUUUUGUCAUAUGUUUUAAAUUAUUUCUAUAGCUUUUUAUAUUUUGUUAUGGCACUUUUCAUUGAUUUGUUAUGAUUUAUGUUUUAUCAUAGGGUAAGGAGGGCUCAAGUGUUUCAGGGUGCUUCAGAGUUAGGGAAUGUCCUGAGGUGUCAAGACAGGGUGAAUUCUGGGAUUCCUAGGGUAUGGUUUGUCGUCAUAAAAUUACACUUCCAAACAUUUUACACUAAAAGACAAAGGAAAUACAUAGGUCCAAGCUACACUGAUUUCAUUUUAGCUCAGUCAUUUUUUCAUCAGAUAAUUGUAAAAAAAGGUGGUGAAUUUGAUAUCGUUGUUGAAAGAUUUGAUGAAUUUCCCCUUUAGAGAAGAAAAACACAGGAACUCCAGCUGUUAAAGGCCUGAUAAAGUCCAUGUGAAAACCCAAGAUUAUUGUUUACUCUGACAUACAGGAGCUAGUUCCUCUCUGGGGAGAGCCCAGCAUGGAAGAUUGCGAUAUUGAUUUUAUUUUAUUUUUGUAAUCAUUUUUCUUUGUCCUCCAAAAAACAUUCUGGCCAUUGAAAUCAUAUCAAGAUGGUUCUUGAGGAUAUGCAAACUAGUGCAGGUGCGCUGUUAAUUUUAAAGUACAUUUUUAUUAUUUUAUUUAAACGUAUGAAUGUGUUAAUUUAUUAUUGUCCCUUUGACAUUUUGGUUAUGAGUAAGAGUAUUUUAGUUGAAGAGAGUAUCAUUGCAAGAGAAGACGUCAGGUGUAACCAUCCAGACAAACAGAUAGUGCAGUACUGUAACUUCAGUCUGUGGACAGGGUAUUUCUAGUCUCUACCUCCUGGCUUAGAAUCCAUUGCAAGUUGUCACUAUCGCUCAGUGAAUAGAAUAAACAGUUAGGCAAUGACACCUCUGUGCCUUACUCACACACAGCAGGGACUACAUCUAUCCAUUACAGUCCAAAACACUGGACUUGUGUUGUCAAGGUAACCUGACCACUACAAACUUUAGUGGACAAGAGAAUGCCUCUCCUUGUUGAUACAAAUUGUAUCCUAUUAACUUAAACCAGAUCAUUGUUUUAUAUGAGAAUAUUUAUACAAAAGGUAUUUUGAGUAUAUGUGCCGUAAUUGGUCACAUUUGUUACUGUUCUAAAAUAUACUGAACAAAAUUAUAAAGGCAACAUGUAAAGUAUUAGUCCCAUGUUUCAUGAGCUGAAAUAAAAGA